AGAAUACUAAUCGUGAAAAUGAGCAAAACCAUUAGUUGUCUUGUAUUCCUAAGCAUUUGCGGUGCUUGUUUGGCUGGUAUGACGGUGGAACAAGUAAAAAAGUCGGCUGAGACGAUACGGAAUGUGUGUCAGCCAAAAUCUAAACUUUCCGAUGAUGUUGUCAAUAAAAUGAAUGAAGGAGUAUUUCCAGAGGAUAAAGCAGCAAAAUGUUUUGUUCUCUGUAUUUUGGAGAAUUUGCAGUUAAUGAAAAAGAAUAAGGUCAAUUAUGACUCGGCCAUGAAGUCAUUUGAUACAAUGUUACCCGACGACAUGAAGGAUGACUACAAAAAUUCGCUUACCACGUGUAAGGAUGCAGCUGCUGGAGUGAAAAAUGCUUGCGAUGCUGCCCACAAGGUGGUCACUUGUGUCUACAAGAAUAAUCCAAAGUUUAUGUUUGUUAAUACCACUAUUACAGUUAAAAUGAUUAAAGUGAUUCUUCCUGUUGUUGUGAUUACGCUGUCAUACAUUUCAGUGGUGCAUUGUGAUGCCGAGGCUCAAAUGCGUCAGAGCGGCGAUAUGGUCCGAGCUGUGUGCCAACCCAAGCAUAAAAUUUCCGAUGAUGUCGUUUUAGGCGCUCGUGAGGGUAAAUUUCCCGAUGACAAAAAUUUUAAGUGCUAUGUCCAGUGUGUGAUCGAAAUGAUGGGUAUGAUGAAGAAGAAUAAGGUCUUAUACGACUCAGCAAUGAAACAAUUCGAUGUUUUGUUGCCCGAUGAAUACAAAGAGCCCUAUAAACAUGCGUUGAACUCAUGCAAAGACGCAACGGGAGGUGCAAAAAAUGCAUGCGACGCUGCUUAUAAUCUUCUCAAAUGUUUCUACGCUAACAAUACGAAAUUUACAUUUGCAUGAUUGCUUUUAUUUGGUUUCAGACGUCGGGUCUGAACAUAAUAUUUUCAGUUAUGAAAAAAAAAAUGCGAAUAUAAUAUUUCUUCUCGAUAAUUGUUCGGAAAUACAUGAAAGAUGGUUUAAAAUAAAGAUGGCAUCUAGGUUAACCUAAAA